AGUAAUUCACUUGUGGUGCCCUCGGCCUCCUUGUUUGUGAACCGUGCCCAGAAAGUCGAAGAAUGAUAGCUAUGGAUGGGAAAGGUCAGGCAGUCAGCAGUAUUCACAAGGGUGACACUGCCAACCGGCUUUGCCCGCAGGGCUGUUCUCCAGGAGACUGCAGGUGUUAAAGGAUUUUUCCCUCAUAUAACUGGUUCCUUUAAAAAUUCAUUUGACGUCAAGCACAGAGUGGCACACCAAAUUCUGUCUCCAUCAGAUUAUGAAAGACCACGUAUGAGAAUUAAAAAGCCAGCACCUACGAUCCUGAUGAAGUAUAAUCGACUAAGGAAAGAGUUCCUGAAGCAUCUUCAGAAACCAUGUAAUUCUACAAGCAAGACCAGCUCAUCAGAAGACUCAGAAGCUGAUCAAUACUCUGUUUACAGUCUGGGAGGACCGUCCCCAUCAUUUUGCUGAGUUGGAAAACGAAGCCACAAAGCUGGAGGCCCAGAGCUUGCUUAACGACUUGAAGGUAUGAAAACGCCUGCUUCCCGGCCUGGGCAGGCUGGCUUUCUUGGGCACUUCCCUGGGCUUCAAACGCCUUCAUCCCUCAAUUUUUUACCCUCGCUCUUAAAUUGGAAGAAGGGACAA